GAGACCUGUAAAGGGCCCGAAACGCCGGUUUGGUUGAAAAAACUAUUAGAAAAAAGUUACAUUUUCGAUAAAAUAUUCCUUAAAUCUUCCAUAGACGUGAAAAGGAGCUCGCGAGAUGUAGACGAAAUAUAUCCUUAAAAAAUGAAACCAUUAUUCAUGAGGCAGAUGUCGUAUUGGAUAAACUUGAGAAAAGUAUUGAAGAUAUUUCAUUAACCCAAAUGACCCGAAGUAGACAUGUGGAUAACUGGGAGUGUGCUCGCAGAGAGCAACAUGUCGACGCUAUAAACAAGAUCGAAAAUGUAUACGGUGACAGUAUCCGAUAUUACAUGAACCGUAUGAAGAAAGAAUUAAUCGUACAUCAUGAAAUAGAGGCACUUGUGAAUAUAAAUAUAAAUGAAACGUUAGACGAAAUACAAAUGUGGAUCGAAAAAUACGAUAAAGACACGGAAACUAUAGGUCUGAACAUACAAACAAAGAGGAUCCUAUACCUGGAUAAAUUAAGCAGACGAAUGGAACUCGAAGAAAUGAUAAAAUUGCAUGAAAAAGAAGUGUGGGAUUGGACCGAAUUCAAACGCAAACGUGCAGAAGCUCAGAAGUAUUUCAGCGACAUGACUCGCUGUGCAGUAAUGAUUCAGGCCUGGUGGAGAGGACUACUCGUGAGAAAGCAGCUUGGACCGUUCAAAGUAGACAAGAAGAAGAAGCGUAAGAAGAAAUAAACACAUGGUCAGCCCACAAUAAAAUACUGAUACUGCCUUAUACCUAUUUCCAAGAGCACCUUUACUCCAAAGGUACUUACGCGUAGGUGAUAUAUGUAUGUUGAUCGUCACACGUCUAGGAGAGAAUCCUUUUCACCUUUUCUUACUUGUAACUGAACACUGUUUACUGUUAAUUGAAGUGGACGUUUUAUCGCAGAACUCCUAUGAGUUCUGCUCAACUCACGCUGGCGCAGAGUCGAAGCGUCGCGUCGCGUCCUGUUUUUCGACCACAACGCCUCGACGCGCGUCGACGAUUGGCUCCAUAUUUGAUUUAGCAC